UGUACUCUCCCUCCCUAUCUCUCCCCCUUGCUCUCUCUCUCCCUGGCUCUCUCUCUCUCUCUCUCUCUGUGUGGGGAGGCUGCCUGGCUGUGUAAUGACAGCAUAGUGCGACAGGAGCCCGAUCGGCGGGAGGACCGCAGCAGAGCACGGAGCUGGCCAGAGAACGAGCGAGCGAGAGAGCGAGCGACCACGCGUGACCGGUGACCAUGACGACAGAAGCGGGUUCGGAGACGGAGGUGAAGAAGGAGCCGGAGAAGGCCGAGGAGCAGCCAGCCGCCCCGGAGCAGGAAACGGCGGCGCCAGCGGCGGAGCCCGCCCAGGAGGAGCAGCCGGAGCCGCCCGCCGAGGAGGCGCCCAAGGAGGCGGAGAAGACCACGCCCGAGGAGAAGAAGAAGGAGAAGGAGCAGCAGCAGCCCACGGGCAAGGGGAUCUCCAGGUUCCUCCCCCCAUGGCUUAAGAAGCAGAAGUCUCAGAGCCAGGAGGGACCCAAAGACAGCGCCCCCCCCAAGGAGGAGGAGAAGCCGCCCGAGGGCACGGAGGCGCCCCCCGACGAGGCCCCGCCCAAGCAGGACGAGAAGGAGGAGAAGCACUCCAUCGGGAGCGCCGACACCCAGCCUGCCAAGGAGGAGAAGGGCGAGGACUCUUUGGAGAAGGACGCGGAGCAGAAGGAGUCGGACGAAAAGGCAGAGGAGGUGAAGAAAGAGGACGAGCAGAUCGUGAAGCCGGAGGGCAAAGCGGACAAGUCCCCGCUGAAGCUGACCAAGAAGAUGAAGACGGUGGUGUGUCAGGUGACCAUGCUGGACGGCACGCAGUUCCCCUGCGAGGUGGAGAAACGGGCGAAGGGCCAGUACGUCUUUUUCAAAGUGUGUGAGCAUCUCAACCUGCUGGAGAAGGACUACUUCGGGCUCUGCUUCCAAGACGCCAGCGACCAAAAGUGCUGGCUGGACCCCACGAAGGAGAUCAAGCGUCAGAUUCGAAACUCUCCAUGGCAGUUUGCAUUCAAUGUAAAAUUCUACCCUCCUGAUCCCUCCCAGCUGACUGAAGAUAUUACCAGAUACCUCCUGUGCCUUCAGCUCCGCCAGGACAUCGUCUCGGGGCGGCUGCCCUGCUCCUUCGUCACCCACGCCCUGCUGGGCUCCUACGCCCUGCAGGCGGAGCUGGGCGACCACGACCCCGACGAGCACCGCCUCGACUACGUCAGCGACUUCCAGUUCGCGCCCUCGCAGACCAAGGAGAUGGAGGAGAAGGUGGUGGAGCUGCACAAAACUCACAGGGGACUGACUCCAGCUCAGGCAGAUGCCCAGUUCUUAGAAAACGCCAAGAAGCUGUCAAUGUACGGAGUGGAUCUCCACCAUGCCAAGGACUCGGAGGGGGUGGACAUCAUGCUCGGGGUGUGUGCCAACGGACUCCUGAUCUACAAAGACCGACUCCGAAUAAACCGCUUCGCGUGGCCGAAAAUCCUCAAAAUCUCCUACAAACGCAGCAACUUCUACAUCAAAAUCAGGCCGGGAGAGACGGAACAGUUCGAGAGCACCGUCGGCUUCAAGCUGCCGAACCACCGCGCCGCCAAGAAGGUGUGGAAGGUCUGCGUGGAGCACCACACCUUUUUCAGGUUGAUGAGCCCCGAGCAGCCCCCGAAAGCCAAGUUCCUCACCCUGGGCUCCAAGUUCCGCUACAGCGGGCGCACCCAGGCGCAGACGCGCCAGGCCAGCACCCUCAUCGACAGGCCGGCCCCCUACUUCGAGCGCACCUCCAGCAAGAGGGUCUCCCGGAGCCUAGAUGGAGCCCCCGUGGUCAUCAUGGCGGACCAGGCAGACUCCUUGGGCCCCUCCCUGUCCGCCGGAGACAAGGAGAACGGCCGGGACCCCACCCUGGAGCUCCCCUCCGAUUCAAAGGUGGAGGAGGAGCCCAGCGAUGGCACGGCGGGCGUCGCCACAGAGGCUGAGCUCGUCGAGACGGACAGAGGGGACUCGCUUCAGCAGAAGAGCAAGUUGAGAGUACAGGGGGAAAAUAUAUAUGUCAGACAUAGCAAUCUAAUGUUGGAGGACCUGGAUAAGACCCAGGAGGAUGUAUUGAAACAUCAGGCUAGCAUUAGCGAGUUAAAGCGCAGUUUUAUGGAGUCCACCCCCGAGCCGCGCCCCAGUCAGUGGGACAAGCGCCUUACCGCCAGUCCCGCCACCAGCCUGCGGCUGCAGCUGCAGGCCCAAGCGAGCUUAGAAGAGGAGAUAGCCUCCAUUUUAUUCAGUAAAUCGAGCUUUUUCUCUGGUCUGGCUGGCCCCUUCGCUACCAGCACGCAAGCAGCAGAGGGCGCUGUUGCAGUAGUCUCUGCUCCUCUGGCCCCACGCUCUGUCGAGAAAACUCCGCCCAGAACUGACGGCGUGCUGCCCGACAGCAAAGAGGAGGACAAGAGCGCAGAUGACAAACAGAAACCAGAGCCAGGCGAGCAGGCAGAGGUUGAGAUAGAAGAGACUGUAGUCAUCGAGGAGAUCAGGAAAGUUCCCAAGGUCAAGGUCGCGACCCCCGAGGCCGCCCCCGUCGUGCUCGUCACCGCCGCCGCCGUGGAGGAGGAGCCGAAGAAGGAGGAGGGGAAAGCGGCCAAGGAGGAGAAGAAGAGGGCCAGCCGGGAGGCCAGCACCUCCUCGGACAGCCACAGCGAGAGCGAGGAGGAGGCGGAGUACCGCCCCGAGGCGGCCGGCGUCUCCGCCCACCAAAUCAAAGAAGAGCCCGAGGAAGAGGAAGCGGAGGAAGCCCCGCCCCCAGAGCCCACGGCCGAAGCUCCGCCCACCACGGCGGACGCGGUAGCGGCGCCGCCGGAGGCUGAAGAGGAGGAGAAGGAGGAGAAAGAGGAAGAGGAGACCGCGGCGGACGAAGCGGUCCCGGCGGACGAAGCUCGUAACGGGCACCCCGAAGCGCAGCCGGCCCUGGUGUCGGUGGAGGAGGAGGAAGAGGAGGAGCCCCGGGUUAACGGGGACGCGUCUCACGCCGAGACGGAGCGCAUCCCGCAGGUUAUUUGCUGCUCCGAGCCCCCUGUGGUGAAGACAGAAAUGGUGACCAUCUCGGACACCUUCGCCGCUCAGAAAACGGAGAUCUCCACGAAGGAGGUCCCGAUUGUGCACACGGAGACUAAAACCAUCACGUACGAGGCAGCUCAGUUGGACGGUAGUGGGGAUGCCGAGCCUGGUGUUCUGAUGACUGCCCAGACCAUCACCUCUGAGUCACUGUGUACCACCACCACCACACACAUUACCAAGACACUAAAAGGCGGGCUUUCAGAAACCCGGAUUGAGAAGCGCAUCGUCAUCACGGGAGAUUCUGAUAUUGACCACGACCAGGCGUUGGCCCAGGCUAUAAAAGAAGCCAAAGAGCAGCACCCAGACAUGUCAGUCACCCGGGUGGUGGUCCACAAAGAGACAGAGCUGGCGGAGGAGGGCGAGGACUGAGCGCCAGAGCUGAGGAGCCCAUGAAGUCCGCACUUUGUUCUGCGAGAGAAUUCCAGUCAGCCCUCGGAACAGAGCGUCACCUCGCUUUCUCCCAGAGGACCUUCAGAAGAUCCCCAAGGCCCGGCUGAAACGUUUCCGUGCUUUGCACUCAUUCCUUUUUUUUUUUUAAUCAUUCAGAAGAAGAACCACUUAGCUUACAUCCGUAGCUUUUUAUUAUUUGUUUUUUUUUUCGUGCUUUUUACAGUUUGUCUACCAUUAUUAAAACCAGAUAGGAUUACAAUGAAGUGGUCAUUUUUAUUGUUAAGUAGCAUUCACAUUCCUAGUGUGUACAGAAGGGUUGUGUGUUUUUUUUUUUUUUGAGAAACUACACUUAAAAAAAAAAAAAAAAAAAAAAAAGAAUAAUUGAUCCUUCUUCCUGAGUUCAUGCAAUUGGACACACAUAGUAUGACUGAGCGGGCAGAAUAGCUUUGGAACUGGUCGUUAUACAGUACCACGUAGUCUUUGCGUAAAUGUAUAUCAAUGGGGAAAAAAAGAGAUCAUCAAAUUCAUUUCAUUGGGUGCGUUUCCAAGGGACCAGCUUACGACGGAGCACUGUGUGAUGUAAGUUGCACUACAGUGCCAAUACAAUCUUCUAUGCAGUCAAACAAAACAUUCCACAUCUGGGAGGUGCUUUUUAAUCUACCUCCCUCUGAGAGAAAAAAUAAAAACGCGAAAACACUAAAAAAAAAAAACAACUUUUGAAACUCUAGGCAGCUUAAAAACUUUUUGCUUUUUCCAUAACUUUCUGGCACCAUUAAUCGGAUUUAUAUUUGUAGAAAACUUCUUUCUUUUUCUUUUUUUUUUUUGCUACCUUUUAAACUUGUCUUAAUCUGUAAACUGAUUUAGAUGUUAACGAGGUGGGUUCGUUUGCCCUUUUAAAUAUUUUUAAUAUAUUUCUUUCAGAACUUUUUUCGAGGACUAAAAGAAACACAGAAAAAAAGAAUGGCGACCCUUUUUAAUCUCUUCCCCCCCCCCCCCCCCCCCCCCUUUUAGGUAAUGGAGGCAGCUUCUCUGUGCUUAGCGCUCUUUAAAAUCUGACCGCCCUCGCCCCAAAACUCAAAUGAAGGUGUCAGUUUGCUCUUGGACCCUGUGUAUAGCAGAUAAUCUUAGAUUUUUAGCAGCUUGAAAGAUGUCUUGUGUUUUACCCCUCCACUGCCCCCUCCCCCACACACACCUCUAAGUGUAACACAGUUGAAAUAAAAGUUUGUUUAUUCUCUAAUUA